AUGGAGGAUCCCAUGCUGUCGAGUGACUUUCCCUUUGGCUCCAUGCGCGCCCCGUGGCUCACGACAGCCGCCGACGACAUGACGCUCACUGCCUCAGCCGACGAAACCACAGACUGGAACGAAUGGAUGCACUACGACCCCGCCCAGGCGUCUCAGAAUUCCCAACCUGCCGAACCCAAGUCGGCAAAUCCACAGGGGCCUGCCGCAUACCCCAGGGCUCGUCACCAACCCUCGCCUCAUAUCAACCAUCACCCGCAGUCGCAGCCGUUGCAGUCCACCAACACACCCGCCACCACCCCCAUGUUUACCCAACCCCACGAUGUUCCCUUCACCUUUGGCCAGACUGCCGACGUGCCCCUGGCCUUUGACUUUAACGGCGCCGCCCUGAGUUCGCCGCUUGGUGGAGAGAUGCAGCAGCAGCAACAGCAGCAGCAGCAAAAUGCAUACUACUCUGCCCAGCAAUGGCAGCAACAACAGCAGCAGCAACAGCAACAACAACGCCAAUCACAACCACCACCACCACCACCACAACAACAACAACAACAGCAACUGCCAGACAACUCCCUCUUCUCUCCCUCGCAAUAUCCACAGUCGGCCUUUGCGCCUCCGCCUCCGCCGCCGUCCGACUCGAUUCCCAGUCUGGACCACAGCCCCAACUCGCUGAACAACGGCCGAUCCAGCUCAACCUCAUCGCAUUCAUCACCGGAACCUGCCCCGUCCAACGCGAGGAAGCGAAAGUCACUGGCCGACUCCGAGGAACCCGAUGAUGAUGCGCCGUCGAGCAAAAAGGGCGGCGCGCCCCCCAAGAAGACGGCCCACAACAUGAUUGAGAAGCGAUACCGCACCAAUCUCAACGACAAGAUUGCCGCCCUUCGUGAUAGUGUUCCCAGUCUGCGCGUCAUGUCGCGGCCAAACGGCACCGAAGAGGAUGACGACCCCGAGGAUCUCGAGGGCCUCACCCCAGCCCACAAGCUCAACAAGGCUACCGUCCUGUCAAAGGCCACCGAGUAUAUCCGCCACUUGGAGAAGCGCAACAAGCGCCUCCAGGAUGAGCUGAAUACCAUGAAGGGUCGCGUCGAGAGCUACGAGAAGAUGGCUAUUUCAGGACCCAUGACCAUCCACGGUACAACCAGCCCACCUGACGCCUCACGGUACCACGAAGACCCCUUCCCACCCACUCACGGCCUGCCAAUGUCGGUACCGCCGCAGGGCAUGAUUCCCGUCCCAGACAACAUUGCCGCCCUGCAGCGCGGAUUGCCGCCACAGCAGCACUAUGCUCAGGCCUACCCCGCCGGCUACGGUGGUCGUCAGACAGUCGGCCCGCCCAUGGUCAACGCACGUCGCAGUGGCGCAAUGAUGGGUAAGCUCAUGGUGGGGUCGCUCGCCGGCCUGAUGAUACUCGAGGGCCUUGUCGAGCGCGAGCAGUCGCAAGAAGAGCCCGCUGGUCGCGGCCUGUUCGCCCUGCCUGUCAACCUGGCCGGCAUUCUUGCUCCUCGUGUCUCACUUGGCGCGUCGUCAGCCUCGAUCCCUCUUGCCAAGCUUCUCUUGAUCUUUGGCGCUUUCUUCUACCUCAUCGCUCCGCUGUUCGACGCCAAGCCCAAGUCCAAGAAGAAGUCUGCGCCUGCUGUUCUCUUGUCACCCGCACCGUCGCUCGCAUCGCCUGUUGAAGUGCGUCGCAAGGCAUGGCUCACUGCCAUCCAGACGGUCUGGGUACCGCAGCACAACUUUAUUCUCGAGGUGGCUGCACUAGGCCUGAAGACACUGAAGCUUAGCAUGCGCAGGAUCAUUGGCUGGGAAGGCUACGCGUACCUCACCGGCAUCACCCGGGAGCAGGAAGCCGCACGCCUCAAAGCCUGGGAGAUUGCGCUCGACGCUCAGCUCACUGGCGGCGACGCAGAGAUUAGCAAGAGCCGUCUCCUCCUCACGCUGAUUGCUUCGGGAACACUGCCCGACACGCCCGCGCGACUAAUGCUCAAGGCUCUGCACAUUCGGAUUGUCCUCUGGGAAAUUGGCAGCAUUGGCCACAGUUCCUGGUGGACACUGAACGACCUGAGCGCGAAACUGGCACGCAGCUACUGGAACAUGGCACGCAGCGAGCACCGCAUCGCCUCCAACGCACCCAAAAGGAACAGUGCAGUCGAGCCACUGCCGGAACACCUCGCCGCACUCAUUGACAAGGAGUGCGACGAAGUGCUCGUUCCCGCAGUCGUACAGCGUGCAUACAACCUUGCUUGGAACAAGCCCAGUGCGGAGCAGACGACUGUGGAUACCUCCAUGGAUGCUGUUGUCGAAGACUUUGCCAUCUGCUCACCUUUGGAUGCACUUGCCGCCUGGUACUCUAGCCUCGUACUGAACAAGGGCCUUGCCAAAACACUUGGAUUCAAGAAUGACACAUCAGAGGCCAGCAUGGUUGCAGACUUUGAACUCGCUCUGCGGUCCGCGCCUCCCAACUCGCAAGCCCAGCUUCGUGCUCUUGUCGCCCAAGCUGUCGUGCAGGAUGAGGGCCGUGAUGUGCACAUUGCAACAGCUCUUGAAGCUCUCCCGUCCACGCCCAAGCCAGCUGAUUCGGGAUUCAUCAACCUUGUGGGUAACGGCUUUGUAGCACCCGACGUGCGCAAGGCUCUUACGCUCGCUAAAUGCCUUUCUCUGACUACCUUUUCGACUCCGGAAGCACGCCGCCGCGCCGUCUUUGUCAUCAACAAUACCUAUCUCCCUGAGGCAACUACCACACUCCUCAGCUUUGUUGCCGGCUACAAGGUGCUUACGCAGUUCAUGGCCGACGACGGGUUGAGGAAGGAGACUAGCCGAGGCCUAGAAAGGGUGGCUAGUUCUCUGCGCAUGUGGGUGGGUCACGAGACUGGCAAGCGCAGUGGUCUGUCAAAUAAGGUCAGGGCAAAGAUUGUAAGCAAUUGCAUUGACGCAAGCAAGAGUCUUAUUGGACUAGACCAGUUCAAGGGUCAGGGGAAAAAGAAGGAAGAGUCGGAUGUGGAUGACGGGUAUGCGAGUGCUAGUGUCAAGGACGAUUAG